ACACAAUCAAAAAUCAGCUGAUUACAAGGUUGUAGUUAGUCGCGCGAUGGUGCUUCUUUUGCAAACGACUAAGUUUUCUGUGUUGGUUUACCGUGGUCUGCUCCUCUUUUUUCUGGGCAUAUGUUUUUGUUGGGUUUCCGAAGCACUACACAACAUAAAGGGAGAAUUUACGGCUUCUAAAAUAUCAUUUUACACAGAAUCUGCUGCGAAAUUUUGGAUAUCUUUCUGUUGUGGCGUUGCCUCAGUCACAGUAGGGCUUUUGUCUCCAUGCGUUGACUCUAAACUUGGUGCUUUUGAUGCCUAUAAUAAGGAGUGGCCAUCAGUUCUGCGGUGUGCUGCUCUGUUCUUCGGUUUCAGCCAUGCAACCGCUAGAAUAGAUUUUGCCACAUACUCACAGCUAUCACUUACAGCAAUUGGACUAUCUAUUGCACUCUGGUGGGUAUUCGAUAGAUCUCUUGUUGGAUUUGUGUUUGGAAUGGCAGUUGCAUUGCUUGCUACAUUUAUUUUUCAAUCAUUUGUUUGGAAGCAACUCUACAGAUUUUCUCACCCUAUGAUGGCUGCUUGGUUGCCUUGUCUUUUCUUCUCGGGUGGUGUCGUCAUUGUCCUGGUUGGCCGACAAUUAGCGAAACCUGAUGUUAUGGAGCUAAUGCAAAGGAAAGUCAAAUAAUUUCCAGUCUUCAAAUUCCAUAUCAAUUAUAAACUCCAUUCUCAAACCACUGUACAUAAAGUUCAAACAUGUAUAGAAAAAAUUAGUUCUUCCGUAUGCAUUUUAUAUACCCAUAAGCUUAAUAUAACUUCAUGACUUUUUGGGCUUCUUUGUUUGUACUCUGAAUGCAGUUUAUUUUAUCAUAAACAUCAAAUAUACCUCAGUUUACAAAUGUAA